CACGUGUGAGUUUGCAGUUCCUCUUUGCGGAGUUGAAUAGAUGCCAGUGCAGUUCUGGAGCUGGAGCAGACAGUAGGGGGGAGGACUAACCAGCAUGGAGCUUCAGUCACCCCGAAAGGGCUGAAUAAACAGCAACGAGACAGAGAGAACAAGGCAGACAAGAAAAAGAAGGGAAGAUUCCCUCGGAAGUGUUGUUCGUGUGACAGGAUUGGAGUAAUUGACAGUUAAGGAUGUCCAGGAGAAACUCCACUGGGGACCUGGUGCCCAAGGACAUCACGGAGACGCUGGCCCUGCAAAAUAAAAUAAGCAAAAGUAGAAAGAAGCGUGGCUCGUCUCUGAGUCGGACAUUCAGCUGGUUUAAAGGCAGUAAACCAAAGAGGAUUGUCAGUAAUGGUCAAAGUCGGUCUGGGAGGUUGGGAAGUUGGACUGGAGAGCGUCCUUUUAUCAGGCAGGAUGCUGAAAAUCACGAUGUUUCCAAAGCUGGACAAAAGCAAGAAGAGCAGACAAAACUGACAGUACAUUACACAGCCUCACAACAUUUUCAGGAGAAUGUGUUCAUUAAAGGUAGCAGGCCAAAGUAUCUGGAAGAUCUGCACACUGAAGCCCAAGAAGGCCUUAAGAUACUACAACAGGAGGAGCUUAACACGGCAAGAGACCAUGAGGAUAAUCAGCCUUUUUCAACGCUAAGAGCACAACAAGAAAAUAAUGUCAACUGUGUAGAAAGAGAUGGAGAUCUGAGCUAUGACAGCACUCCUCUUCACUCCAUUACAUCAGUGUCAACAGUUUCUUCAGUCUCCUCCAGGCCUGUGAUAACACGUCAAGGUUCAACAUUUAAGCCUUUGAAUUCUGUGAAGAAGCUGGACAACCCCAGAAAAAGGAGUAGAAGAACAACAAUUAUGGGCAUACCGCAACAGGUUCAGAAAGAACUAGGUAUGGACAGGGGAAUUUUACUACAACUCCCAACUCAUGAAGAUGAUGAUUCAUCUGGUAGAGUCAUAAUUCCACGAAUUGAUGGAGAGAUGCCUCUAACAAAUCAUGAAGGGGCACGUGUACACCUACAGGAUAUUGAAGCCCUCCAGGUUUCCAGAGAUGAUCAACUUCUCAGGCACCACAUACGUGUUGUCUACAAAGACGACUUCCUUCUAAACACCAAAUCUGGAACACAAAUGUCCCAGAGACCGAGAUCCCUUGCUGUACCAGGAAUCACAACUUCAUCUGCCCUCUUGCAAGAACCACAAGGUCCUGUGAUGUCUAUCUCACCACAGGCUACCUAUCUAUCCACAAUUAUUCCUAACGCAAUCCUACCUUGUGCAAUAGAUGUGAUAGAAAUUGAUAGAGGCUGCAAUCAGCGGAGUGUACGGGCAGUAAGCAAAAGCAGCUUAGCAACUGCAAGUCCAGCUUCUUCACGUUCGGGAGGUUGUGCUCAUGAGGAACCAAAUUCCAACAGCUCUAAAUGGAGUCAUACACAAUCUUCUGAGACUAUUGUCUCCCACCCUUCCACCACUUCCUUUAAAGGAGGCAUGCCAUCCUCACAUGUAACUAACAGCAUGAGGGAAGGCACAGAUUCAAAUGAGGAAGAGGUAAGUCUCAGGAGCUCAGUCAGUUGGUCAAGUUCCACCAGUAAAGCAGGCAGUCAGAGACUGGAGCAAGGGGAACUAAGCGAUGUUGCGGAGGAUGCACAAAACAGUCGAUGGUUCUCUCGUAAUCUGUCAGUAACGAAGGCUAAACUACCACCAGCACCACCAAGAAGGACAUACUCUUUACAUCAUGAAAACCUUAAGCAAAUACCAAGAGAAUUGGCGGGCACAAAAGAUUCGAAAUACCUAGCAGCUAACAGCAGGCAACCAGAUGCAGAUCUCAAUACAAAAGAGGAUUCUACAUCUUCCUACACUGAAAAUAACUCUACUAAGUCUCCAAUGUCACCAUUUUUAAAUGACUCUAACUUGAUUGUCAGUCCACACAGACCAGUUCAAGACUCUACUGAAGCUCAGUCUGAAUCACAUAACUUUUCCCCACAGGAUGUAUUUGAAAGAACACUAUCACCUUCAAGUGGAUACUCAAGUCAAAGUGGAACACCCACCCAUUCUUCGAAAGACAUCUGUCCCACCUCUCCAGGUAGGCAAAAAUUUAAGCCUCCAAAGCCAGAGAGGACAGGGACACGUCUUUCACCUGCAGUGUCAGUGUCAUCAUCCCUGGUUUCCCUGUCAUCAAAUGUUUCAGACCCAGCCAAUCAGUUUACACAUACCACACAAUCACAGCAACCAAAGAUCUCCCCUCCUGUAACAGCAAUGAAAAAUAAAGUGACGGCCCCACCUACGGCAACCCUCAGGGAAUUGUUUAACAUUCCCCCUCCACCUAAAGUAAAAGCACCUUGUCCCCCACCCCCUGAAACCUGGGCUCACAACAAACACACAACUGAGCUUUUAUGUGGUCCAAGUCCAAGUACCCAUAAGAUAUAUGAGGUUGAAAAACGUUAUGAAACAGACAGUUUAAUGAUAAAAAAUCAGGUCAUGGCAGACACCACUAACCAUACUUCUGAACAAAGACAGAAUUCAGAAGUUGAAACAAAUGGAAACCACUUAGCAAAUAAAUCAGCAAUGUCUGAUGUAAAGGAUAAGCCCAUGCCAGUGAAGGAACAAGUUCCUCCGAAUGAAAGGGAAGAGCAUGGAAAUUCAAAAGAACAAAGAAGGGAGCAGGAAAGUUUCAAAGAUUCCAAGACGUUACAGGCAGCAGAUAAGGUUAAUCAAAUUUCACUCUUAAAAGAGCAAUGUCAUGUUAGUACUGGUAGUUUGCCAGAGACGGACUUUUCAACCCAAGAGACAGAAAGAACUGGCACGGAGGACCAAUGUUUUGCCAAAAAAUACACUGAGAUCCUUAAACACAAAACCACAGUUCAUUUAAGUGUAGAAAGUCCUAGUACCAUUGUUAUUUCUCCUUCUCCACCUCCUGAACAUUCUCCUUCUCUACCAAUUUCUAAAAUAUCUUCAGUAUGCACAUUCUCUGAAUUAUUACCAGAGGAAGCAGCACAGCCUGAGAUGGAAAAAGAACCCCCUACUCUGGAGCCUUCCUGGCCUCCACCACCACCACCUAUGGAUGUGUCAUCAGACUUGGUAUUUGAAGGACAGGAUGAGGUAGACUUCCCUCCACCUCCACCACCAGACAUGCAAGAAUCAUUUACAGUCAUGUCAGAGCCCUACAUGGUAGAAUCCCCAGGGCCCGAUUUAUCAGAUAUAGUCAGUGACACUGAGAAAAAUCCAGAGCCACAAAUUAUUCAGAGCACAUCAUUAGUAGAAAAAACAUUAAAUGACUCUCUACCUGUUGACAGCAUUGCAAAUGUGUCAGAUGAAAAACUGCUCGAUCAAACACAUGCAAAACCACAAUCCUUUGAGAAUGUUUCACAAGUUUGCAUUGAUCUAGUUGACUCACAAUCUACUGUACCUUCUGAAAUUUCUCUGAAGUCCUCCAUAUCACAGGAUAUACCUUUACAAUCUCUGCCUCAAGAAACUCCCCUUCCACCUCAACAUGAUUCUCUAAAUCAGCCAGCCAUGUUACCCGAUGGUUUAUCAACGCAAACAUCAAAUUCUCCUGCAGUCUCUACUGAUUUGAAAAUGAUACCUCCGCUUCCAAUAGAAGAUCAGUUCACAGUUAACUUUAAAAGACAAACAAGUCUUCUAAGUAAAGACAGCAGAUGCAAAGGACCUUCAGCCACACAGAAAUGUGCACCUGUUCCGAAAGAGGAUGCAAACAUUCCCCUUGUCACACCUUCCCUACUCCAGAUGGUGCGUCUACGAACUGUAAAUGUUGAAGACCAAGCUAACCUUUCAUCACAAGAAGGUACAGUUAAUACCGAGACCACUCCAGACGAAGACCUGUCUGGUUCUGGUCAAGUAACUCCACGAAAACCUAUCCGCAAAUCUUGCCUAAACUCUCCAGUGAAGUCAUCCCCUGCUGUACUCCCGGGUCCUUCCAUGCGCCUUCAAGAGGCUAUACGGAUGAAAACAGCGGCAAUGUCUUCCAGUUGCUUCCCAGCAAGGCCCAGUCUUCGUUUGCCAGCCCCUACUGCAAACAGCAACGAUGUGCCUGUACUGUCCUCUAAGACCUCUGAUGAUUGUAAGUCUCCUGCCUCUACAGCCAGCUUCAUUUUCUCCAAGAGCACAAAGAAAGUUGUUAUUGAAACAGCCACAUCUCCAGAGGCCCAGGCCAGUCUCAAGCAAAGCCUUGCUGCAGAGCUUAUGCAAAUUUCUGAUCAGCAUAAAGCAGUGGUUACUAAUGGAACAAAGAAGCAUCACAAGGUGCCACCACCUGUUGCAAAGAAACCAGUAAAUGCAACAUGUCCAUCAGAAAAAGGUGGAACUGUCACUAAGAAUGCAGUAAUGGGCUCUUCAAGUAUGCAGAAAAACAGAGUAGCAUCUAAUCAUCAGACCGACAGAGUGCAACCUGCAGGCCAGUAAGUGCCCUUCACCACAGGUCAAGAGAAGACAACACGGUGUCUCGAGUAAUGCUUCAACACAAGAAAAACAUAGUUAGCAAAGACAAUGUGUAGCGCUUAUGGACAUUGCCACUGUUCUACUGUAAAAGCCUUAGCCUGAUCACUGUGUUCAGAUUUAUGCAAAAAAAAAAAAAAGCAUUGGAUUUGGUUCCAAUUCUUUUGAUACAAAAGCUUUACUGUCGCUUUGGCGUAUUUUUCUACACAAUAAAAUUGGUCUCUCUUUGCAAGUUAUAAAACCACCCCAUGUUAUUAAUGGUUUUAGAUCUUGUAAAUUCCCAAGUUUAUUCUUUUACUGCAAUGUUAAUUUUUCAUGUAGUGGUUCCAUGGGUAGUAGUCACUGCUGAUCAAAGACCUUCAUCCCCAAAAAUAUGCAUACUGUUUACACUACACGGCCAAAGGUUUGUACACACCUGACCUUCUCAUCCUUACAGUAUCUGCUCUUUAAACAUUCUAUUUUAAAUGUAUUCCUUGUCAUUAUAACCUUCACUUUUCUAGGAAGGCUUUCCACUCGGUUUUGGACCUUGGCUAUGGAGAUUUACAUACAUUUAACCACAUGAUCAUCAGGGAAGAGGCCUGGGGUGCACUCAGGGGCAUUGUCAUGCUGGAACAUGUCUGAGCCCCUUAGUUCCAGUAAAAGAAAUGAAAAUUUUACAGUAUACAAAGGCAUCUUAUACAUUUGUUUGCUUUAAAAUUUAUAGCAACAGUUAGGGGAAGAACCACAUAUUGAUGUGAUGGUGAGGUGUUCACAUGCUUUUGGCCAUAUAAUGUUUAUAUGGGUUGGCAGAUGCUAUGCUAAUACAUUUUAAAUAUGUAUUGUAUUUACACAUUAAUCCAUUGUAUUUGAAUCUUACAGAAUUGGCCUCCUGCAUCUGUAUAAUUGUAUAUAACAUGAUACACAUGCUUCAAAAACAGUAUAUUCUGAACAUGCUUGGGAGACUAGAUUAAGGUUUAUUACAUUAAAUCAUUAAUCACUUUUUUCUUUAAAAAAAAAAAAGCACUUUGCAAGCUCCAAAUGCUGAACCAUUUCUAAAGAAAUGACAGAGGCAGUUAAAUUUCUGUAUGUUCCCUGUAAAAUUGAGAUAGAAUAUAGCUGCUUCUUCUGUUAAUAUUACAGCACAAAUAGUAUUGACACUUUGAGAACCAAGUUGCAUUAAAAUAUUUGUCUGUUUAAAGUAUUUGGCGAUGUUUGGUUUAUAAGGUAAAUCUUGAUUUAGUAUUAGCCUUAUGAAGCCUCUUUUACACUUUUUUCUUUUAAACUUAUUUUAGUAAGUUAUACCACUUCAACACCACUGAGUAUUUUCCAGUAUUCAAUUAUAUGCAAUGUAU